AGCUGAGCAACAACAGACUCAUUCACCGAGUCAGCCAUGGAACAGGCAAGGAUGGACAAAGUGAAGUUCAGCGUGGAAGUGAUGCACAUCAAAGACCAGGGCUCCAGACACUUGUCCCCGGAAACAAUCAAGAGGCUGAUCCACCAGUCCCAGGAGGCGAAGAAACAAGCCUACUGUCCAUACAGCAAAUUCAGAGUGGGGGCCGCUCUCCUGACCCUCGACAACCGUGUGUUCACAGGUUGCAAUGUGGAGAAUGCUUGCUACAACUUGGGGGUGUGUGCCGAAAGGAAUGCCAUGUCAAAGGCGGUGUCGGAAGGCUACAGAUCAUUCAAAGCCAUUGCGGUCGCCAGUGAUCUGAACGACCAGUUCAUCUCGCCCUGUGGCGGCUGCAGGCAGUUCAUGAGAGAGUUUGGAGCUAAUUGGGACGUGUACCUGUCAAAGCCGGACGGCUCGUGCCUGAAGAUGACUGUGGACGAGCUGCUGCCUUUGUCCUUCGGCCCCGAGGACCUGUCCAUGAAGAAAGUGAUUGACAUUCCCAAUGAGUACUGAGCCUUUAUGUUGUAGCCAAACAAACGAUCUUUGAAGGAUCAUGCCAUGGUGCUGCAUGGAACGCACAUGCUUUACAUGUGUUCAUGUUAGAAAUUAGCUAUAUUUAUGGUCAAUGUUGUCUAUUAUUAGCUAAUUGUAAACACAUUUAAAUUUAGUCUUUGUAUACUGUAGCAAAAAAAUUCAAGUCAUUCAUUUACCUACAUUAACACGUUGAGAGCUGUAUUGUUGUAGAUAUACAAAAUAUAUUUAUUAGUUAGAAAAAAGCCUGAAGGGAAAAGACAAAUAUCAACGCAGGUCAAACUCAUCCACAUAUUUUAAUAAAUAAACUGUUUUAAAAGGA